CGUACUUUGUAACUUGUACCAGCAUUUCCUUCACAUCCAAAUCCCACACAAACUCUUAGCUUACAAGAAGAAGAAGACACAGGAAAUCAAAUUAAGAGGAGAAAUGGUGAGCAGCCGAAAAACGACGUCGGUCGAAGAGGAGGUGGUGGAGGUCGGGAAGGUGGUUGUAGAGAUCAAUGGAACCAUGAAGGACGCCGGAGCACGUGGUUUGCUCCGGAAGGGUGACGUGGCACAGGUGUGCCUGAGGGUGAUGUGCAUGGUGGCUUCGGUGACGGCGCUGUCGUUCAUGGUGACAGCCAGGGAGGCGAGCACUGUCUCCAUCUACGGAUUUCAGCUCCCCGUUAACUCCAAGUGGUCUUUCGCCGACUCUUUCGAGUAUCUGGUGGGAGUUUCAGCAGCUGUGGUAGCUCACUCAUUGCUGCAACUAGUAAUAAAUGUGUCAAGGCUGCUGAGGAAGUCUCCAUUAAUUCCCUCGAGAAAUCAUGCAUGGCUUACUUAUGCUGGGGAUCAGGUAUUUGCAUAUGCAAUGAUGAGCGCAGGGUCAGCCGCAUCCGGGGUAAGCAACCUGAACCGUACCGGGAUCCGGCACACGUCUCUGCCUGAUUUUUGUAAACCUUUGCACAUUUUCUGCGACCAUGUUGCAAUCUCAAUAGCCUGCACUUUCUUAAGCUGCCUCUUGCUGGCCAUGUCUGCUAUCCAGAAUGUGAUUUGGCUCUCAAACAACUGAUGAGAUGGAGUUGCAUCAUUUUGCACUUGCUUAAUGUUCUUGCGCUUCAACUCUGUAAUGAUAGUUAUGUAACAUUAAAUAAAUUAAUUAAUCCCACUGUUUUUAAGGCUGGGAAUUCUGGAUGCUGGGUAUGGUAAAGUUCCAAAUGCUGGGAAU